AGUUGCCCGAGAAACAGUAACGUCGUUAUUUAAUAACUCACCGCUGAUUGGUCCGCCCCUAAAGUUAAAUUUAAAAGCCCAGAUUACCAGUAGAAAUUUAACACUGCAUUACGGUGACAAUGAAGCUGAAGAACCAGUUGCUGCAGCCGUGCUUCCUACUGGCACUUCGCUUCCUGGCCCUGGUUCUCUGGAGCUUCCCUGGGGCCAGGGCCCUGGACAAUGGCUUGGCGUUGACCCCUACCAUGGGCUGGCUGCACUGGGAGCGUUUCAUGUGCAACGUUGACUGCCAAGAAGAGCCAGAUUCCUGUAUCAGUGAGAAGCUCUUCAUGCAGAUGGCAGAACUCAUGCACUCAGAUGGCUGGAAGGAUGCAGGUUAUAAGUACCUCUGCAUUGAUGACUGUUGGAUGGCUCCCAAAAGAGAUUCAAAAGGCAGACUUCAGGCCGACCCUAAACGCUUUCCUAAUGGGAUCCAAAGCCUUGCUAAUUAUGUCCAUAGCAAAGGACUGAAGCUAGGAAUUUAUGCAGAUGUUGGAAAUAAAACCUGUGCUGGCUUUCCUGGGAGUUUUGGACACUAUGACAUUGAUGCCAAGACCUUUGCUGACUGGGGAGUAGAUCUGCUGAAAUUUGACGGUUGUUACUGUGACAGCGUGGAACAUUUGGAAAAUGGUUAUAAGCGUAUGUCCCUGGCCCUGAACAGGACUGGCAGAAGCAUUGUGUAUUCCUGUGAGUGGCCCCUUUAUAUGUGGCCUUUUCGUGAGCCCAAUUACACAGAAAUCCGACAGUACUGCAAUCACUGGAGAAAUUUUCAGGAUGUUUAUGAUUCUUGGCAAAGUAUAAAGAGUAUCUUGGCCUGGACAUCUUCUAACCAGAAGAGAAUUGUUCAUGUUGCAGGACCAGGGGGUUGGAACGACCCAGAUAUGCUAGUGAUUGGUAACUUUGGCCUCAGCUGGGAUCAGCAGGUAACUCAGAUGGCCCUGUGGGCUAUCAUGGCUGCUCCAUUACUCAUGUCCAAUGACCUCCGGCAAAUCAGCCCUCAAGCCAAAGCCCUCCUUCAGAAUAAGGAUGUAAUUGCCAUCAACCAAGACCCCUUGGGCAAGCAGGGGUACCGGCUUAGAAAGGAAGACAACAUCGAGGUAUGGGAACGCCCACUCACGGACCUAGCAUGGGCUGUGGCUAUGGUAAACCUGCAGGAGAUUGGUGGACCUCGUUUUCAUACCAUCUCUCUUGCUUCCCUGGGUCAGGGGAUGGCCUGUGUUCCUGACUGCACGAUCACACAGCUCCUGCCUGUGAAGAGCAAGCUUGGGUUUUAUGAAUGGACUUCAGAUUUAAAAAUUAAGAUAAAUCCCACAGGCACUGUUUUACUUCGGCUGGCAGCAAACUAAACUACACUAAGUAAAGUCUUUUUUAAAUAUAUAUUUUGUUGGGGCCCCAGUGUGGCUCAUCAGUUAA